GGCGAGUGACGCGGCCGGGCUCGGCUACAAAAGAGGUCGGCUGCGGCGGGCCGGGCGGAACUUUCCAGAACGCUCAGUGGGAGGUGGAGGACCGGCGUCCGCCCGAACCGCGCUGUGCUACGCUCCUCUUUCCGCUCUCCGGCACCGGCCCGCUCACCGGCUGUAAAAAAUGGUGAAAGAAACCACUUACUAUGAUGUUUUGGGGGUCAAACCCAAUGCCACCCAGGAAGAAUUGAAAAAGGCUUAUAGAAAAUUGGCCUUGAAGUACCACCCUGAUAAGAAUCCAAAUGAAGGCGAAAAGUUUAAACAGAUUUCUCAAGCUUAUGAAGUUCUUGCUGAUUCCAAAAAAGGGGAGUUAUCUGAUAAAGUAGGAGAGCAGGCGAUUAAAGAGGGUGGAGCAGGUGGUGGUUUUGGCUCACCCAUGGAUAUCUUUGAUAUGUUCUUUGGAGGAGGAGGAAGGAUGCAGAGAGAAAGGAGAGGUAAAAAUGUUGUGCAUCAGCUCUCAGUGACCUUAGAAGACUUAUAUAAUGGUGCAACAAGAAAACUGGCUCUGCAGAAGAAUGUGAUCUGUGACAAAUGUGAAGGCCGAGGUGGUAAGAAAGGAGCAGUAGAGUGCUGUCCCAACUGUCGGGGGACUGGCAUGCAAAUAAGGAUUCAUCAGAUCGGACCAGGAAUGGUCCAGCAAAUUCAGUCAGUGUGCAUGGAAUGCCAGGGUCAUGGAGAACGCAUCAGUCCUAAAGACAGAUGUAAAAGCUGCAAUGGAAGAAAGAUAGUUCGAGAGAAGAAGAUUUUAGAAGUUCAUAUUGAUAAAGGCAUGAAAGAUGGUCAGAAGAUAACAUUCCAUGGUGAAGGAGACCAAGAGCCAGGACUGGAGCCAGGAGACAUUAUCAUUGUGUUAGACCAGCAUGGAGAUAUAAAAUGUGUGCUGAACGAAGGUAUGCCAAUAUAUCGUCGGCCAUAUGAAAAAGGACGUCUAAUCAUUGAGUUUAAGGUAAACUUUCCUGAGAAUGGCUUUCUCUCUCCUGAUAAACUUUCUUUGCUGGAAAAACUCCUUCCUGAAAGGAAGGAAGUAGAAGAGACUGAUGAAAUGGAUCAGGUAGAACUGGUGGACUUUGAUCCAAAUCAGGAAAGACGGCGUCAUUAUAAUGGAGAAGCAUAUGAGGACGAUGAACAUCACCCUAGAGGUGGUGUUCAGUGUCAGACCUCUUAAUGGGCCAGUUGCUGUUUGUCAUUCUGUAUGCAGUAGUGAAUGUGGGAAGGACUGUAAUCAUAAUAUGCUCACUACUUGGCUGUUGUUCUUGUUUUAAUAUUCAACUAUAGUAGUGUUUUAAAAGUUAAAUGAAGAAUAAACACAAAUAUAAAAGCUCUGACUUUGCCCUGUAUGUAUGAUGACUUCAAUGUUCAAGAUGAAGUUUAGUACUUGUAAAAAAAACUACUUUAAAAGUUCCCUAGCAUCUGUUAGGUCAUAUCUUGUGUAACUGAUAUUAGCUGUGUACAUUAGACUGAUAUGCUAGGUAUGUGUUAUAUGACCCUUAAUUGUUAAGCUAUGGAAUUAAAAUUCUGUACUUAAUAAGAAAAAGAAAAGAAUUAGUGACAUGUUGGUCUGUCUAGUUGUAUGAAGUGGACUAAUUGUGAUGCCUCUGCAUUGUAUUGCCUUGGCCAUUACUAGAAGGUGGCAUAAUACAUAAUUUCACCUGUUAUUUGUGAUAGAAAUGAUACAUUCCUAAAGAAAUUUAUCAUAAACUACUGCUUAAGGGCUUGCUCUUCUAGAUUGCAUUCCCUUCUGCUGUGCCAUUUGUUAAAAAAAAAUAUACAUAUAUAUAUAUAUAUACAUACACAGUUAGAAAACAUGGUCACCUCUCUUCCCUUCUCCUUGAACCAUAAGCCCUUGGGUAGUGACUUCCAAAACCCAAGUAAUUUUACAAAUUAAAGUGAAGAGACCUUGUAUGUGGGGAAGUGAUUUGCAUGUAUAAUCCAGGAAAGGCUUGCUAUUUGACUUAGGCCCCAACGUAAUUGCAAUUUAAUGUUGGUAGUAUAGCAAAUUAUGAAUAGCUUUGUUGUAUGUUUUAAAGUCACAUGUUCACAUGCUUAAAUCUGGGUAUCGGAAUUUAAGCAGUUAUUGAAAUGUAUUACUGUCUCCUAAUACACUGAUUAUAAAGUGUUUCUAAUGUGUCAC